AUGGCAGAAGAUAUUUUGCUCAAUACAAUAUUAUAUCUCAUUUUGGGUAUCGUGAGCGGAUUCUCAACAUUUUUGUCCGGCACACUGUUCGGUGUUGCUGGUGAAAAACUGUCAAUGAAACUUCGCAUUGCAGUUUUCACAAAUAUCUUGCGACAGGAUUUGUCAUUCUUCGAUAGCGAAUAUCAUUCAGUUGGAAAAUUAACAACACGUCUGGCAACCGAUGCGCAAAAUUUCAAAGCUGCAGUCGAUCACCGACUGGCGGAAGUGCUACAAGGAAUCACUUCACUUUGCGCCGGUGUAGUCGUAGCACUUUGGUUUAGUUGGAAGAUGGCAUGUAUUGGCAUUACUAACUGUACUGUCUUCGUCAUUUUGCAAAGUAUUCUCAUGCAAUAUCUUAAAAUUCGUGGUCAGAAGGAUGCUAAAAUAGCCGAAAAAACUGCUAGUUUAGCUUCCGAAUCAAUCGAAAAUAUCCGAACUGUGCAGUAUUUGACUAAGCAAAAAAAUAUAUACGAAACAUACUGUUCUUCGUUACAGGAAUCCCAUAAACGAGCCGUUAUUCGAGGUUUUUGGCAAUCAUUGACUUAUGCAUUAUCCAGUUGUUUCGUGCAGUUCAACUUCGCCAUUUCUUAUCUUUUCGGUCUUUGGCUAGUGAGGAAUUCAUUGUCUGAGCCAUAUAAUGUUUUCCAAGUAAUUGAAGCACUGAAUAUGGCAUCGUUGACUGUACUUGCGGCAACAUCCUUCCUCCCGGAAUACGUUCGAGCUCGUAUUUCGACGAAUUUAGCAUUCCAUAUCAAAAAUCAGGUCUCGCUUAUAGACAAUUUAUCCGAGGCGGGCAUUCAACAGGCAAUAAAAGGAAAUAUUUGCCUGAAAAAUGUUUGCUUCACAUAUCCAAUGCUUCCUCAACAUGCUGUCCUCAGAAAUUUUUCGAUGUCUGCAAUGUUCGGUCAAAAGGUAGCGUUGGUUGGACCAAGUGGAUGUGGUAAAAGUACGGUCAUCAAAUUGCUGGAACGAUUUUAUGAUGUCACUGAGGGCGUUUUGUUCAUCGAUGAUCGAGAUAUCAAAAGUUACAAUAUUCGAUACCUUCGUUCACACAUUGCUCUGGUCGACCAAGAACCAACAUUGUUCAAUAUAAGUAUUCGAGACAACAUUGCAUAUGGUUUAGAUGAUGCAUCGCAGGAUCAAAUUGAGACAGCUGCGAAAUUAGCCAACAUUCACAGCUUUGUUGUUGCAUUACCGCAGGGUUACGACACAAUUGUGGGUUCGAAGGGAAGUCAGCUGUCCGGUGGCCAGAAACAACGGAUUGCAAUUGCAAGAGCAAUAAUAAGAAAUCCAACGAUACUAAUCCUUGAUGAAGCUACCAGCGCUUUGGAUAGUGAAAACGAAACGAUGGUACAAGAAGCACUGGAGGCAGCACGUCGUGGUCGGACCUGCAUCGUGAUCGCUCAUCGUUUGAAAUCAAUUCAGAAUGCCGACAUAAUAAUUGUUUUAAAAGAUGGCCAAAUUGUAGAAUGUGGUAAUCACACUCAAUUAUUGGCUCAAAAAGGCUUAUACUGCUGCCUGGUUGAAAAACAGAAAGUAUCAUAA